CGCACGCGCAGAGUAGCACAAUCCGCGAGUCAGUUGCGAGGAGCGCGCGCGCACUCAGCGACACACGACACGAACGACUCUCGCGACCAAUAUUUACUUUGUACAUGGCAAAUGUUUGACGAUAUUUAUAUUAUGUGAUUAGUUUUUAUUUAAAAAUAUUUUAACGUGGUAAUUUAAGAAUCUCCUGUUCAAUUAAUUUAAAAGUUUGUAUGUUAAUAAGUUACUUUGUGGGACCAAAAUGACGAUAAAAAAUAAAAAGACUAAACAAUCAAAAACAUCAGAAGUGACUUCUUCUGGUAGUGCUUCGACUAGUGUUCAGAAGACAAGUUCGACUACUUCGGUGCAAAGCAGUAGUAGUAACACGGUGCAGAAGGUCAGCUCGUCGGGUAAGAAGGUUCGGUACAUCGAGGUUAAGGUCGAGGAGGAUGACCCGCUUAUGAUAACUGACAUUUCGGACCACUCUUCAAUAGCCGGCUCCACUAUAUCGGAGCAUUACAAUAGCCACCCGCACUACAUUAUUACGGAAGCUCCUUCCAUCAGCGACCUUUCUCAAACCCGAGCGCUGGAACAUAAUGUGAGUGACAUGGCACAGUCAACAUCGGGAGAAUAUGUCUCUAGUUCGGUCCUCCAGGAAUCUUCUUCGUCCCAUCAGAAUUCUAAAAGCGAAACAUUCCAGACUUCAUCAACUUCUGUUCAGCAAUCAGGCUCUAGUCACAGCCAAACUUUUGACAGAACGACUGAUUCAUCGGCUCCAAAUCAAACUCUUAAUACAGGCUUCAUCGAUAACUCUUCGACUAAUGUUCACAACACUAACACGUAUGUGAAACGAUCUCAAAAUGCAAACGCCUCCAAUUCGUUUCUCCAAUCGGAGCGUCAGAGUUUAGUUAAUCAAUCAAAAUCGAAUACUAAGGAUCAACAGAACACAAAACAAAACGAGAGGGUGACUUAUCGCAACUCUCCAGAUCCUUCCCAGAGGACCCAGACGGUUCGAUCUGACUCAUCCAACUUCUACGGAGGUGAAGGCAGCUUGGAUAAGAGUGGUAAAACUAAAGAAUAUACUAGUACUUCGCAGUCAAGUGAAACUAAGAGCAGCAAUGUCACAAAAUCCUCGUCAUCCUCGUACGUCGUUGAGAUUGUUGACGGUAAGGAACGUAUCAUUGACAGUUCUAAGAGGGAGUGGGGAGAUGCACAAGAACACUCAUCUAAGGAGGAUUAUGCGAGCAUAAGUGGAACUGGCAUGAAGCCCCAGUCUGCUCACAGCGUCCAGAACUAUGAUAUGAAAGCAAAUUACGACACAGGAAAGGAUGGAAAGAGACCUACUAGUGAAUUGACUGUAAAACAAGACUCAAAAUUCAUAAAAGAUGGAAAUCAAAUGACUUCUCAUUCAAGUAUUACGACGGAGAAAGAUAAUGUUGCUAAGCAUCAACAUUACAUAGCAAACCGCGAGCAUUUAACUGACGAUCAACAAUAUAUAACAAACCGUGAUCAAGUAACAACUGAUCAAAAGUACGUGACAAACCGCGAUAACUUAACAUCUGACCAGCGGCAUAACACAAGUCGUCAGUAUGUAACAUCUGACCAGCAGCAUGACACUAAUCGUCAGUAUCUAACAUCCGAUCAACAAUACACCACCAGUGAACAUUCAACAACUGAUCAACAUUACACAACUCGGGAACAUUUAACUUCUGAUCAACAGUACACUACUCGUGAACACACAACAUAUGAUAAACAAACUUCAUCAAUAAAAGAUGAUCGCUAUCAGACAAGAAAUGUUUCUAAUAAUACCAAUCAAAAUCGAAGAGAUACUGUUGACACCACCACUGUCAAUAAGGAAAUGGUUGAUGAUCGACGACGUAAUAUGAAUCAGACAGAUUCAUCCAACUUUUAUGGAUAUGACACUACUAUUCAAAAUGAGUUAAGGAAAGUGGGUAAUAUAUUACAAGUGCCGAAUACCGAAAACAUAAACUUCUCAACGAAAAUCAUGAAAAGUAAUACAAGUAGUGCUCAACAAGCAUCGACGUCCUCAUACGUUGUUGAAAUUGUUGACGGCAAAGAACGUAUCGUGGACACUUCUCAUAGAGAGUGGGGUGAUAACAAAGAACAUUCUACUUACGAGAAGAGUCACAAUGUUAGUGGUCCAGGAAUAAAACCGGAACAUGAAUAUACACGACAUGUACUGGAUAAAGAAUCUCAUUACGACACUGGUAAAGAUGGAGUUCCUAAAAGCUCUCUGCAGGUAUCAGAGGAAUCAGCUUUGUAUAAGAAUGGGAAAGAAAUUGCUGCUACUAGCAACCGCUAUGGAGGUGAUUUCACCAAGAAGAAGGCAAUAACGGAAUAUGUCACUGAUAGAGAUGAUGUCCAUGACACUCGUGUUCGUGAUACGACUGAUCAGACAACGACAUAUAAAACUACAACUACUGACACUCAGUCUCAUGUAAAAGACAUAAAAGAUGUGAAAGACACUACUGACUUCGUGACCACGGAGAAGGAAAACCUGACGAAAGAGUCCACAUCUAAAACUACUUCUCAAACUAAAGAUACUUUGACUACAUACGAAAGGAGCACCGGGACAUGGAAUGGAAAGUUUGUAUAUGAAACAGACGACGAUAGGCCCAAAAGACCUAAAGAGAUGUCACCAUUCGGCAGGCCUGAGCAACCGAGACAUCACUUAAAGCGACAGGACACAGAAGAAAAUAUCAUUUUAUCAUCUAGAGAUAUUAAAGAUUUUACAUCAAUCAGUGAUUUGAGAAAAAUCAUUGAGAGCUCUAAGUUCAACAAGGAUGUACGAGUGAGCAACAAAAACAUCGUUAUCAACAGAAACAUUGACGAUCGUAUCCUAAAAGAAAUUAUAGAUACGGUGAAAAAGUAUCCAUUUAAGAGAAUUGAAAAAGUAACAUUUGGAACUAAGAUUAAUGAAGAUGUGAAGGACCUAUACGAAGGACUUGAUACAGAAGAAACUACUGUCGUUAGUACCACUACAGGCGAAACGACUAGAAAGGCAUUCGAAGUGGACAAGAACAGAAGUCAAAUUGAAGUCACUCGAUACAUCACUGAAAAUGGCAUUACUAGAAAAAUAACAACUUACGAAGAUGCUAAAGAAGACGACAAGAUCAGGACAGACGUCUACGUCGACAAGAGUGCGUUAGACUUCAAAAACUUGCGCGAUGUCCAAACGACCGAAGACGUUAUUCGAGAAUACGACGUGGUGGACCGUGCUAUCACGGACACCACAAGAAAGGAUACUGUCAGCACCGUCUACGAUGAGACCAUCAUCGACGACAGGAGAACAAUGCGAGACGACAGGACUACGGUUGAGGAGACCGUCAUCAUCGACGAGACCAGGCCUAAGGGCCCCGGUCCCAAGAAACCCGAGAAGAUUGUCACUAAGGAGCAGUGCAUCUGUGAAAUCUGCACUUGUGGGCGUCAUCGCUGCCCACACAACGAUGUCCCGGAGCCAUUGUUCGAUGUGGAGCACACGACCAGCGUGGUCUCCGCGUACAAACGCGACUACGACGAGAAACACGUGACCCGUACUACAGCUGUCCACCACGAGGAUCACCUUCGUCUUGAAGGCGAUUUCCAAGAGCCAGAGCGUCCUCAGUGGCAACCUGCUGAGCGACCUAAACAAAGGAAACCCGAAGAUAACCUUAAGCCUGAAGGAGAUUUUGAGAAAAGGCAACCUGAGGAAUGGCGUCCGGGUGAUCGUGCACCCGUCCGUAGGCCUCAUGACAACUUGAGACCAGAAGGCGAAUUCACAACUCCCGAAAAAGAACCAUGGAGACCUGCUGAGAGGGAAAAACCUAAAAAACCUGAGGAUAACCUGAAACCUGAAGGUGACUUUGAGAAGCGACGACCUGAAGAAUGGCGUCCCGGAGACAGAGCUCCUACUCGCCGUCCAGAAGAUAACUUGAAACCAGAGGGUGAUUUCGAGAAACGACAGCCUGAAGAUUGGAGGCCUGGUGAUAGGGCACCGGUACGUCGUCCUGAGGACAAUUUACGCCCAGAAGGUGAUUUCGAGAAACGUCGACCAGAAGAAUGGAAACCUGGUGACAGGGCUCCCGUGAAACGUCCUGAAGAUAACUUGAAACCUGAAGGUGACUUUGAAAAACGGCGACCUGAAGAGUGGCGUCCUGGUGAUAGAGCUCCUACGCGUCGUCCAGAAGACAAUUUGAAACCAGAAGGUGACUUCGAAAAACGGCAACCGGAAGACUGGCGGCCAGGUGAUAGAGCUCCUGUGCGUCGACCUGAAGAUAAUUUACGCCCAGAAGGAGACUUUGAGAAACGUCGACCGGAAGAAUGGAAACCCGGUGAACGGGCUCCAGUGAAACGUCCUGAAGAUAACCUGAAACCUGAAGGCGACUUCGAAAAACGUCGGCCAGAGGAAUGGCGCCCUGGUGAUAGAGCUCCUGUUCGUCGACCUGAUGAUAACUUAAGACCCGAGGGCGAAUUUACAACACCUGAAAAAGAACGUUGGCAACCAGCUGAACGUCCUAAACAAAAGAAACCCCAGGAUAACCUAAGACCUGAAGGCGAUUUUGAGCAACCGAAGCAAGAUGAAUGGCGUCCAGCAGAGCGAGUUAUUCAGAAGAAACCCAAGGACAACCUUAAACCGGAAGGUGACUUUGAGCAGCCGAAGCAUGAGGAGUGGAGACCUGCUGAAAGGCCAAUUGCUACAAAGCCUAAGGACAACCUUAAGCCUGAAGGCGACUUUGAACAACCUAAACAUGAUAAGUGGGUACCAGCAGAACGCGUCACUCAAAAGAAACCUAAAGAUAAUCUUAAGCCUGAAGGUGACUUUGAGCAACCAAAACCCGAAGAGUGGCGUCCUGCUGAGAGGCAAACACCUAAGAAGCCUCAAGACAAUCUACGUCCUGAGGGUGACUUUGAAACACCAAAGCAAGACGAAUGGCGUCCUGCAGAACGUGUUACACAAAAAAAACCACAGGACAACCUAAGACCAGAAGGUGAAUUUACUACACCUAAGAAGGAUGAAUGGAAGCCAGCCGAAAGACCUCAACAAAAGAAACCUACUGACAAUUUGAAACCAGAAGGUGAGUUUGCAAAGCGACAACCCGAUGAGUUUGUUCCUGCUGAAAAGGCUGUAGUGAAAAAGCCUGAAGAUAAUCUACGACCUGAAGGGGAUUUCACAACUAGACGAACUAUAACAGAAGAUUAUAAAGUUGUUACUGGCGAGAGAGCUGAAAUUAUUCGCCGAACUGACAAUAUUAUUACAGAAGGAGAAUUUACAGAUACUACAACUUCUCGCACAGAGUAUACUAUAAAGCCAGUGGAACGACCAAAACCAGUUCGUCGAAACACAUGGACGAAGAUAGAAGGCGACAUGACAACAGAAACAACAAAUCAGUCAGAAUUUGUUGAUUACACUGACACAGUAGAAAGAACAACAUUGGUCGCGCGGAGAACAGACAAUUUAAUACGAGAAGGAGAAAUAGAAUUUGUUACUUCUAAUCAGAAAGACUACCCAGAGAAGGUUACACCAGUUGAACGCCCGAAACGUCGUCGCACGUGGACGAAAGAAGAUUUUGAAAAGUUUUAUUCUACAGAAGAGCUCGAAAAAAUUACUACUUCUCAAGAAGAAUACAGAACAUACGAAGAAAUUGAUGUAAGGCAACAGAGAAUAAUAAGAAAAGAUAAUCUACACAUGGAAGGAAUAUUUGACAGUCAUACUGUAUCCCACGAUACUUAUGGACCUAAACAUUCAGAGAGACCAAAACAAAAGAAACCAAUUGAUAACUUAAAACCAGAAGGAGAUUUUGAGCAACCUAAACAAGACGAAUGGCGACCAGCAGAGCGUGUCACACAAAAGAAACCUAAGGAUAAUCUAAAACCUGAGGGUGAAUUUGAGCAACCAAAACACGAAGAAUGGCGUCCAGCAGAAAGACAGACGCCAACAAAGCCUAAAGACAACUUGAAACCCGAAGGAGAUUUUGAACAGCCAAAACACGAUGAAUGGCGACCUGCAGAACGCGUUACUCAAAAGAAACCUAAAGAUAAUCUUAAGCCUGAAGGUGACUUUGAGCAACCAAAACACGAAGAGUGGCGUCCUGCUGAGAGGCAAACACCCAAGAAGCCUCAAGACAAUCUACGUCCCGAGGGUGACUUUGAAACACCAAAGCAGGACGAAUGGCGGCCUGCAGAACGUGUCACACAGAAGAGACCUAAAGAUAAUCUUAAACCCGAAGGUGAAUUUGAACAACCGAAGCAUGAAGAAUGGCGUCCCGCUGAGAGACAAACACCCAAGAAACCUCAAGACAAUCUUCGUCCUGAAGGUGAAUUUGAAACACCAAAGCAGGAUGAAUGGCGUCCAGCAGAGCGUGUUACACAGAAGAAACCCAAAGACAACCUUAGGCCAGAAGGAGAAUUUGAACAACCGAAACAUGAUGAAUGGCGUCCCGCUGAGAGACAAACACCUAAGAAGCCUAAAGACAACUUACGCCCUGAAGGUGAAUUUGAAACACCAAAGCAGGAUGAAUGGCGUCCAGCAGAACGUGUUACACAGAAGAAACCUAAAGAUAAUCUUAAACCUGAAGGUGAAUUUGAGCAACCGAAACAUGAUGAAUGGCGUCCCGCUGAGAGACAAACACCUAAGAAGCCUAAAGACAACUUACGUCCUGAAGGUGAAUUUGAAACACCAAAGCAGGAUGAAUGGCGUCCAGCAGAGCGUGUUACACAGAAGAAACCCAAAGACAACCUUAGGCCAGAAGGAGAAUUUGAACAACCGAAACAUGAUGAAUGGCGUCCCGCUGAGAGACAAACACCUAAGAAGCCUAAAGACAACUUACGCCCUGAAGGUGAAUUUGAAACACCAAAGCAGGAUGAAUGGCGUCCAGCCGAACGCGUUACACAGAAGAAACCUAAGGAUAACCUUAAGCCUGAAGGAGAAUUCGAGCAACCGAAACAAGAAGAAUGGCGUCCAGCAGAAAGGCAAACUCCAAGAAAACCAAAAGAUAACCUAAAACCUGAAGGUGAUUUUGAACAACCUAAACAUGAAGAAUGGCGUCCUGCUGAAAAGCAAACACCAACCAAACCACGUGAUAAUUUGCGACCAGAAGGUGAAUUUGAAACGCCCAAGCAAGAAGAAUGGCGUCCAGCUGAAAGAGUUACCCAGAAAAAACCUAAAGAUAACUUAAAACCUGAAGGUGAAUUUGAACAACCUAAACAUGAGGAAUGGCGUCCAGCCGAGAGACCAGUUCAAAAGAAGCCCCAAGAUAACCUCAAGCCAGAAGGAGAAUUCGAACAACCAAAACAUGAUGAAUGGCGUCCCGCUGAGAGGCAAACUCCUAAAAAGCCUAAGGACAACUUACGCCCUGAAGGUGAAUUUGAAACCCCCAAGCAGGACGAAUGGCAGCCAGCGGAGCGUGUCACUCAGAAAAGGCCUAAGGAUAAUUUACGACCAGAAGGUGAAUUUGAACAGCCGAAGCAUGAUGAAUGGCGUCCAGCAGAGCGUGUUACCCAGAAGAAACCCAAGGAUAAUCUUAAACCAGAAGGAGAAUUCGAACAACCAAAACAUGACGAAUGGCGUCCCGCUGAGAGACAAACACCUAAGAAGCCUAAAGACAACUUACGCCCUGAAGGUGAAUUUGAAACACCAAAGCAGGAUGAAUGGCGUCCAGCAGAUCGUGUUACACAGAAGAAACCUAAAGAUAAUCUUAAACCAGAGGGUGAAUUUGAGCAGCCGAAACAUGAUGAAUGGCGUCCCGCUGAAAGACAAACACCCAAGAAGCCUCAAGAUAAUCUUCGUCCUGAAGGUGAAUUCGAAACACCAAAGCAAGAUGAAUGGCGUCCAGCUGAGCGAGUUACGCAAAAGAAACCCAAAGACAACCUUAAACCUGAAGGAGAAUUCGAACAACCGAAACAUGAUGAAUGGCGUCCCGCUGAGAGACAAACACCUAAGAAGCCUAAAGACAACUUACGUCCUGAAGGUGAAUUUGAAACACCAAAGCAGGACGAAUGGCGACCAGCAGAGCGUGUCACCCAGAAGAAACCCAAGGAUAAUCUACGACCAGAGGGAGAAUUCGAACAGCCUAAACAAGAUGAAUGGAGGCCUGCAGAGCGCCCUGUUCAGAAAAAACCAAAAGAUAAUCUCAAACCAGAAGGGGAGUUCGAGCAACAUAAACCAGAUGAGUGGCGACCAGCUGAUAGACCCAUUGCAAAGAAACCUCAAGAUAAUUUGAAACCAGAGGGCGAAUUUGAGAAACCUAAACCUGAUGAGUGGCGUCCUGCUGAACGACAAACGCCUAAGAAACCUCAAGAUAAUUUAAGACCGGAAGGCAAAUUUGAAACUCCUAAACAAGAUGAUUGGCGUCCUGCAGAAAGGCCCGAAGUUAAAAAACCGAAAGAUAAUUUGAGGCCGGAGGGUGAGUUUGAAAAACCAAAGCAGGAUAAAUGGCAACCAGCUGAAAGGCAAACACCCAAAAAGCCACAAGAUAAUCUUAGACCCGAAGGUAAAUUUGAACGACCUGAGAAACCGAAGCAUGUUGUUGGCGAAAGACCUGUCCAAAAGAAGCCAGAGGAUAAUUUGAAACCCGAAGGAGACAUGGAAGUAGUACGAAGAACUGAUUACACUGCAACCAAAGGAGACAGAGUAGAAGUAGUUAAACAUGAAGAUCAUUUAAGAAUGGAAGGAACUAUUGAUACUCAUCGUUCACGAGAUGAUUACAAGCGUAUAGAGAAAACCGAAAAAGUUGUCAUUCAGAGACACGAAGAUAACUUGAGGACCGAAGGUGAGUUCAUUGACCUUACUGUUCGAAACGACUACAGUGCUACGAAAGGUGAGAGGGCUCCUGUUGUGAAGCCUCAAGAUAAUUUGAAACCUGACGGUAAAUUUUACAAACCUGAGGUUGUUCCAUCUAAACCAGCUGAGCGACGCAAACCAUUUAAACAGGUCGAUAACAUCACUAUUGAAAGAGAUGUUGAUUUACGCCAACGUCAAAAGAUUGAGCGGCUUGAUAUAAUUCGAAGAGAAGAUAACUUAAAGAUUGAAGGGGAAUUUAUUGACAUGAAACAAAAAACUGAUUACAAUAAGGUCGUAGGUGAACGGGCUGCUAUUGUAAGACAUGAAGAUAAUUUGAAAAUGGAGGGUACAAUGGAAAAUGUUCGUUCAUCUGAUACGUAUCGUGUCGUUAAAGGACAAAGAGUGAAAUUGACUCGGCGUGAAGACAACCUGAAAAUUGAGGGAGUAUUUGAAGAUCAUACGCGAAGGGAUGAUUAUAAGGUGACUAAAGGUGAAAGGUCGGCUAUUGUCUACCAUCGCGAUAAUUUAAAACCCGAAGGUGAAUUUGAAAAAAGACCUAAUGAACAGAUUGAACCUGGUGUAAAACAAUAUCCGAUUAGAUAUCCCGAUAGUUUGAAAUCCGAAGGUGACAUUGAAAUACCAUCAAAACCAAAAUGGGAACCAUCUGAACGACCUGAUUUAAUUAAACAUAAAGAUAACUUACGUCCAGAAGGAGAUUUUCCAAGUCGUCCAAAAACGCAAUGGCAGCAAGGAGAGACGCCAGAACAAGUACGCCCAAAGGAUAACUUAAAACCUGAAGGAGAUUUCCCGAGCCGCCAAAAAACUCCAUGGCAGCGAGGUGAAACGCCAGAACAAGUGCGCCCAAAGGAUAACUUGAAACCUGAAGGAGAUUUCCCAAGCCGCCCAAAAACUCAAUGGCAGCGAGGAGAAACGCCAGAACAAGUACGCCCAAAGGAUAAUUUAAAGCCAGAAGGAGAUUUUGAUAGGCCCUCACGGCCGAAGUGGGCAACGUCGGAGAGGCCGGAACAAGUGAGACCUAAAGACAACUUACGUCCUGAAGGUGAAUUUACAGAUAGGCCUAAAACUCAGUGGCAGCCUGGUGAGACACCUAGUCAAGUUCGACCUAAAGAUAAUUUAAAACCAGAAGGCGAUAUGGAUUCGCGUACCCCUCAAAAAUGGGCUCCAGGUGAAACACCAGCACAAAUUCGUCCAAAAGAUAACUUAAAACCUGAGGGUGACUUUGAUCGUCCUUCUAGACCUAGAUGGUCACCUGGUGAUAGACCUGAACAAGUAAGGCCAAAGGACAACUUACAUACCGAAGGUGAGUUCACUGACAGGCCCAAAACUCAGUGGCAACCCGGUGAGACACCUUCUCAAGUUCGGCCUAAAGACAAUUUACACCCUGAAGGUGACAUGGUUUCACGUACGCCAUCUAAAUGGGCCCCGGGAGAGACACCUUCUCAAGUUCGUCCUAAAGACAAUUUGAAGACAGAAGGUGAUGUUAGUUAUCCGUCAAGGCCAAAAUGGGAGACUGGAGAUAGACGAAGUCCAGUUAAGCCAAAAGACAACUUAUAUCCUGAAGGUAACAUGGAUUCACGAACUCCAACAAAAUGGGCUCCAGGAGAAACUCCAACUCAGGUUAGGCCUAAAGAUAAUUUGAGGCCAGAAGGUGAUUUUGAACGGCCAGGACCCCAGAAAUGGAGCCCUGGAGAAAAGUCAGGACCUGUAAGACCAAAAGAUAACCUUUACACCAAUGGUGAUAUAACAAAGCAUGACACCAGCAGAACACAAACGAAUGACACAACAAGAAAGACUGUAGAAACUAAGUCUAUUAGUGGUCGUGAUGAUCAUGAUGUUAAAUCUCAAACAGUUUCUCGUCAUGAUACUCAUAUACAUCGCGAUGAUCAAUCUCAUACGUCUCACUCGGAGACGCACGUGCGGCGAUCCCACAUCACUACUGAUCAUUCUACUUCAAAACAUACUCAUUCUGGUACGCACGGCAAGCAUAUUAUUACAUCACAUGAUGUGGUUGAUCGGAGUGGGUCCCCGAAACCUGUCGAACGGGUAACUACACCCCAAGAUAACAUCCCUGACAGACAUAGAACUGUGGGUAUUACAGAUCGUUCUGUGUCCCGUAGUAGUACAGAUAGAACUAUAGUCAAUAAAACUGACACUAAAAAUCUGAAGACACUCACUACCACAACCACCAAAACUAUUAAACAAAUAACAGAAAAGAAGCUUAGAGGAGGUAAAUGGGUGAAUGUAACACGAAACGUUGAAGUAGACGUAACUGAAGACACUGGAAAAUUCACACCUCAGCAAUCUACACCGAAGAGAGAUGUAGAUGAUCGUACAAGCCGCACUCGGCAAACAGGAAGUGACACAAACACAACGCAGCGAACCGUGUCAUCUGAUUACGUCACAACAUCUUCUACAAACGAAAUCAAUAAUACAACACAUGGGCCAAGAGGUACACCACACGGAUCAUCUAUUCUUGUGGAUCAACAACAUUCUCGAUCCAACCAACAAUAUAUUGAUAACAGUCAAAGAAUUCAUUCAUCAGCACAAUCUGUUGUUUCUUCGUCCUCAAGUCAAAACGUAACAAAUCAACACCACACAACACAUAGAAUUGUUGGCAGUUCAAAUAUCUCUCGUGAUCAUGUUGGUCAAAAUACCCAACACUCAACCACUGACAGUCACAUUUCCAGAGGAGGUGACACGACUCAGAGGAUUAUAUCAUCUGAUCAUUCUGGCAGGCAAUCCAACCAAGGACACGUCACUGAGAGUCACAUUCAGAGAAACGUCACCUCAUCAACACAAGUCCACAAAGGGACUCAUUCUGAACAACAUAUAUCAAGAUCAACUCAACAUUCGACUAAUAGAAAUCAAUUGAGUGACAGCGUUACAAAAACGAGUAUAGAAUUCCAGAGAGCUAUGCACGGUGGUGGUAAUGAACCUCCGGCCAACGUUAUCGAUAGCUCUUCGCGUAGCGGACAUCAUAAACGCACUUCUGACUUGGUAUCCGAUUCCAAUUCAUCGAAUGCAAUUUUACACCGCAAAGGCGUUCAUUCAAACACUGAAGCUCAUCAUUCGAUAAGUUCAACAGCUGCUGCACAGAGAAAGAGCAUCGGUAAUCUCUCCGAACGAGGUGAAUACAUAAGUAACUCGACGCACAGCACAGACAGAAAAAGCAUUAGUUCUAUGCACAGAUCAACAAGAGAUAACACGGCUGUCAUUUCACAACAUGAAAGUUCGGAUGCUCGUCGUAAUCAAAUAAGAAGAGAUGGGCAGUCUACGCUAGCGACCGACCGUCAGCAAACACGAGUUGUUAGAGAUAACUUGAGAGUAGGUGGUGAUUUCUAUGGUCAAUCAGAAGCUCGAUCUUAUGGAAGUUUUUCACGUUCCGAACAUGCUCAGAAAACGGAUCGUACUGAACGAGUUGAGCGCGUGGAACGGGUAACACGCCACGGAAACGCUUCAAACUUUGUCUUGGGAGACGGCAGCACUAGUUACAAGCGAGAAUUUACAUCCCACGUCCAUGGAACUUGUCCUGCUACAUUGAUCGAUUCUGGGCGCACUCCUUUCAAACAUACGCGUGAUUCUCGCGAACAUAAGUUUUAUGCGACGAAAAUAACGCAGCAGCAAUAAAUAUUUCUGUUGUAGCAUCAGCCUAGAAAAGGCUAAAAAUAUUUCAUUCCCUAUUAUUAAUUAUUAUAAAGCUUAUUUAAUGUAAUCCUGUUAAUGUUAUUUACUGUACACGCAUUCUAACCUGCUAGUCUUAAUUAACCAUGCCUUACUAUUAUGCAUAAUGUAAUAAUUUGUUAAUUUAACAAGUUUCUAUAUUGUUUUGUCAAACAUUGCCAUGCAAUAAACUUUUAUAUAAUUAA